UGCUCACCGAGCAUCAUAGCGCACACGUUUCACGAUUAGAGGAUCAGAAAACAUAUCAGUUCCUUGGCGAAGCCAAACGAUGGAUGAGCUUUGACGAGGAUCGUUCGAUCGAGUUUCCGGCGGAGACAUUUACUCCGAAAGUACAAAUGCAGCUGAACGUCGAGCCGAAACGAUUGCCUCGAAACGUAGAAAUGGAAAGGAGACGCAAGCUCUACCGCAGUUUGAAGAUCGAGGAUGCUCUAGAGACGAUCGGUGUGACGUCCAAGGAUAUGUUACCACCUUCCGCCAUCUUGCCGCUGUUGAAUCGUGAUAUGAUCUAUGGUUUGUUCGGCAGGGCUCACAUUUUGCCGCUGGAAUUAUUCGACGACGAGGAAUUCGACUGCAGAACGAUCGAGGAUUGGCUAAAUCUCGGGAGAAUCGACGGGAAACGAUCUCCAUUGCCUGCGGCCGUGUUCGCUCCGCGGGUCCAGGAAGAAGGCCAGAAGUUUGACAAAGCGAGCGACAUGCUGGAUAAUUUGUUCGCCUGGUGUAACGCAGCCGUGACCGAUUACGAUUACGAUACCAAGCUGUGGUCGGUGAUCACGCUGGACGGAAAAAAGCGGAAGUACUCGAUACCGAGGAUCUACAUCAGGUUUUACGCAGAGGACCCGAGGAUCUGCGCGAGGAGAAUGGCUGCCGCCAUCGAGGACAGGCGAAUCGCUGAAGAGUCGAUAACGUAUAAUUUUUAUCUGGAUUGCAUGAAACUGGACGGCAUGAAGACCAUGACCGAAGCCGAGAAAGACGCCAUUGUUCGGGCCAGCUUGACCCGUGAUGACACGAACAAAUCUUCCCGCCCGGAUUCUAACGAAAUAAAAAUGUACGCGCGAAAUGAUCGAAAUGGAAUUCUGAUUGUCCAGGAGAUACAGCGGUUCUCGCACUGGUACACACUGUACGUGAUGAGGGAGGUUUACGAGGCGAUGUCCUGCAUCGUGAUUGAAUGCAUUCACGUGUCCUCGAUGAACCUGUUUGCCUCGAGCAUCGGUAAAACCGCGAAGUUGUGGGAGUUCGAGGACAUGCAAACGCUGGCCACUAGCACGGUAAUCAAGUAUCUGAAAGAGCCGUGGCUGGAGAAGAUCACACAGUGCGUGCGGAUGCGUUUGAGAGAAGUCGGCAAAGGAUGGUUCAAUUUAGACCAAAAAGUCCAUGACGUGUACGACGUGAUGAAGCUGCACCGUUUCAUGAAUCUCGCCACGCUACGUAUGCAGCACGCGCUUCGGAUUUUGGUGGAGAGCUCGAUCGUGACGUUCACCGACAGCUUGGUGAACCCGGCGCUCUGCGCGCUGGGCGUGAAGGAACCUUUCUCCUGGGGCGAGAACUUUGUCGAGAGCCGGUUCCAGUCCUCUUUCAAGCCCCUGUUCAACAUAGAAAUUGAAAUGGACGAGAAGGCGGCGUUCUACUCUACCGAUCCCGAUGCUUUUGUGGAGGUCAUCGUGAACUUGUACGACAGCGCGGUGGCCAGCAGCCACCAGAUUCGACAAAUACACCCAUUCUUACUUCCGUCCUUAAAGUUCCCUAACGAUAUUUUCCUGAGCUCGGUUGGUUUGCUCGAUGAAAACGUGUGCAGAAUACGGGAUCGUAUCAAAUUAGCUUACCAAAAGUCCGUGAUACCCCUCAAAGCAUACGCCGCGGAAUUCCAUCGAUUCCUCGAGCUGUUCAACCUGGACGUUGCGCAAUACGUCGAGGACAUGAACCAACAACAGGAUCUGACUACGCUAGACAUAAAGGACGCGAUAAGUUUCCAACUCACGAUGCAGAAGAACCUCGAAGUAAUACUGCCGAAGUGGAUAUCCAUCGGACCGUUCAACGUGAUCGUGUUCCCGUUGAAGCAGUUCCUGAUGCAGAAACGGCGCGACUGUGCCACGGGGUUGCUCGAGAUGCUCACGCACAAAUUGCGAGCCGAGGUCGAGGCCGUCCUGGACGAUUACCGAGAUAUAAGGAUCAAGCUGAAAGAACAACCGCAGAGCAUCGAGCACGUGUUCGAGAUCCGCGAGUGGAUGGAGACGAUACCGUUGCGAGUGCAGGAGCUCGAAUCUAAAAUGGACAAAUUGAAAUUGGACUUCGACGUGCUCGACUUAUUCUGGUGGAAUCUGUCCGACGAGGAUUUUCAGGCAAAGUGGGAGGCCGUCGGCUCGCCGUUUCAAAUUCAAUUGCAGAUCGAUGAAACGGACGAGCGGCUCGUCGAGGAGCAGGACAAAUUUUAUAAAAUCCAGAUCCAGGACGAGGUCCUGCUGCUCGAAAAGAUCGACACUUUGGUGGGCAACGUUCAAAACAUCGGCCUGCAACACGACGUGACCCGAAUACACGAAACCGCGCUCGACGUUAAGCGCGUUUGGAAAGCGAUGACCGAGUGCCGGGAGAACGGUUUGUUGUUGAACGAACGACAAAAGCUGUUUGGCAUGAAAGUGGUGCCUUUCGAGAACUUGCAGAAGCUUAUAAGGGACUUCGAGCCCUAUAGAAGCUUAUGGGUGACCGCGUCAGAUUGGCUGAAAUGGUACGAGGUGUGGAUGGACAAUCCUCUGAUAAAUGUAGAUGGCAGCCAAAUGGAGAACCUUGUGGUCGAUAUGUACCGGGCGAUCACUCGGGCCGUCAGAACGUUCCAAGAAUUUCCCAAGGUGCAAGAAGUGGCAACACUGAUCCGGGACCAAAUGGACGAAUUUAAACCGUACAUUGGAUUGAUCAAAUCUCUUCGCGAUCCGGGAAUGAAGGAUCGACAUUUCGAGCAGCUGAGCGCACAAACCGGCAUACAAAUGGCGCUCACGCCCUCGUUAACGUUUCGAUCGCUGCUGUAUUUCGGCAUCGAACAGUUCGAGGAACUAGUGAAGACCGUGGCCGAAACGGCCGCCAAAGAAUACGCAACGGAAUGGACGUUGAAUAAGAUGAUCGUCGAAUGGGAGCCGAUCGUGAUGGAAUUAUUACCGUACAAGACCACCGGUACAUACAUCAUGAAAGUUACAGAGGAGGUCAUGAUGCUUCUGGACAAACAUAUACUCGACGUGCAACAGCUGAGUUUCAGCCCUCUGAAAACCGCUUUCGAGGACGAGAUCAACGAAUGGGAAAACAAGCUGAAGUUGACUCAGGAAGUGCUUCAUCUUUGGACGGAGGUGCAGAGAGAGUGGAUGUACUUGGAACCAAUAUUUACGUCAGAAGACAUCAGCACACAAUUACCUUCGGAGGCAAGGAAAUAUAGUGCUAUGGAGCGAAACUGGAGAAGGAUCAUGAAGAAUGCUUAUGACCAUCCUUACGUCAUCAAGAUCUGUCCGGACAGGAAUCUGCUGGAGAGCCUGCAGGAGUGCCAAAGCCUGCUGGAGGUGGUGCACAAGGGUCUGUCUAAUUAUCUGGAGGUGAAACGUCGCGCCUUCCCGCGGUUCUAUUUCCUGAGCGACGAUGAGUUGCUCGAGAUCCUGGCGCAGGCAAAGAACGUGCAGGCGGUACAGCCGCAUCUCCGGAAGUGUUUCGAAAACAUCCAGAUGGUCCGGUUCGAGGAGGAUUUGCAAAUCACGCGGAUGUACUCUGCGGAGGGCGAAGAGGUCGUCCUUCGACCGCCCAUGUACCCCAUAAGAAGCGUCGAGUAUUGGUUGGGUGUUUUGGAGGGCGUGAUGCGGAACACCAUCAGAGAGAUCGUUCGUGACGCUUUAGCGGUCGUCGAGACCACGCCGAGGAAAACAUGGGUCUACAUGUGGCCUGGCCAAGUGACUUUAUGCUGCGGCCAAGCGUAUUGGACUGCGCAUGUGGAACACGCUAUUCGGAACAAUGCGCUUCGCCAUUAUUACCAGGAGAUGUUGGGCCAUCUCGAUGGUCUGCGCGAAUUAGUACGGGGCACUCAGACGGAAAUACAGAGAUUGAUGCUGGAAGCUGUGAUCACGAUCGAGGUUCACGCGAGGGACGUCACGUACAAGCUGAUCGAAGAAGGAGUAUCGAAUGUCAACGAUUUUGAUUGGAUCUCGCAGCUGCGGUACUACUGGGUCGAUGAUGCUGAUCUGAAGGUGCGCGCGGUCAACGCUGAAUUCCCCUACGGGUACGAGUACUUGGGGAACACCGGCAGGCUGGUGAUCACUCCGCUGACUGACCGAUGCUACCUGACCUUGACAGGGGCCUUACAUCUGAAAUUCGGCGGAGCUCCCGCAGGUCCGGCCGGUACUGGUAAAACAGAAACAACCAAGGACCUCGCGAAAGCAUUCGCGAUCCAAUGUGUGGUCUUCAACUGCUCCGAUCAGUUAGACUUCAUGUCCAUGGGCAAGUUCUUCAAAGGCCUCGCCAGCUCCGGUGCUUGGGCGUGUUUCGACGAGUUCAACAGGAUCGACAUCGAGGUGCUUUCAGUGAUUGCGCAACAGAUCAUGACUAUUCAACAGGCGCAACAGAUGCGUGUCGAUACGUUUAUGUUCGAAGGGGAAGAGAUUACGCUAAAGACAUCUUGCGCAGUGUUCAUCACCAUGAAUCCCGGCUAUGCGGGUCGCACUGAGCUGCCAGAUAACUUAAAGGCCCUGUUCCGCCCUGUAGCUAUGAUGGUGCCAGAUUACGCGCUGAUUGCAGAAAUUUCGUUGUUCUCGUACGGUUUCUCCGAAGCGAAAACACUGGCUGCCAAAAUAACCACUACGUUCAAGCUCAGCUCCGAACAACUAAGCUCGCAGGAUCAUUACGAUUUCGGCAUGCGAGCGGUGAAGACGGUGAUCGCCGUUGCGGGAAAUUUAAAACGGGAGCAGCAGGACUUGAACGAGCAGCAGAUCUGUUUGCGGGCUCUGCGAGACGUGAACGUUCCCAAGUUUCUCAAAGAUGACCUGACGUUGUUCAACGGUAUCGUGUCAGAUCUGUUUCCACGUUUAGAAGAGAAGCAAGUGGAUUACGGUGUUCUGGAAUCGGAAAUACGGGCGUCGAUUGUAAGGAUGGGACUCGAGGAAAUCGACGAGUUCGUGAAGAAAGUUAUCCAGCUGUACGAAACAACGGUCGUGCGACACGGAUUAAUGCUGGUGGGUCCAACAGGGUCGGCGAAGACCAAGUGUUACCAAGUGUUGAAAGAGGCGUCCACGAAAUUGAAAGGAAAACCGCAGCCGAGCGGGAAACCCUUCACACCGGUUCUCACGUUCGUAUUGAACCCGAAAUCCAUUACUAUGGGUCAGCUGUACGGCGAAUAUGACCUGAACACGAGGGAAUGGACCGACGGUAUAUUUGCGAAGCUGCUCAGACUUGGAAUCGCUACGAAUGAUCUGAAAAAACGGUGGUACAUUUUCGACGGGCCCGUCGACGCUCUGUGGAUCGAGAAUAUGAACACUGUACUCGACGACAAUAAGAAACUCUGCCUGACAUCUGGGGAAAUUAUGAAGAUCCUGCCCACUAUGACGAUGAUGUUUGAAGUGGCUGACCUGAGAGUUGCAUCCCCGGCCACUGUCUCGAGAUGCGGCAUGGUUUAUCUAGAACCGGAAGGUCUCGGGCUUCAACCAAUUAUUAACUGUUGGCUGAAAUCCCUGCCCCAAAACAUGAGCAGUCACGUGGAGACCAUCGGUCAACUGACGAGUCAGUUUCUCCUUCCGGGCCUGCAAGUUGUUCGUAGUAGGCUAAAGGAAAUCGUGAGCACGGUCGAUUGCGGCAUGGUGCAGUCCUACAUAAAUCUGAUGAACUUCCGGAUAGGCCCGAUGGCAGGCCGCGAAGGGAAACCACCCCCGCCCGCAGCACUGCAAGCCUUAAUUCCCGAUUUGUUAGCUCCAUGGGCAGCUUUCGCCGCAGUAUGGAGCUUAGGCGCCUCCAGCGACCACAAUAGCCGGCGUAUAUUCAGCGAAUGGAUCCGAGAAGUUCAGGAAGCUUAUGGCCAUCAUCCACCGUUCCCUGAAGAUGGUCUCGUUUUCGACUACAGAUUACACGAUGGCGGUUUCACCGAUCUCAUUGAAGGACAAGAGCCAGUUCCGCCCAGGUGGUAUAAAUGGUUAGACGAUGUAGCACCGAUCGUAAUUACUCCCGCUACGAAAUACGCAGACAUCGAAGUGCCCACGAUGGACAGCGUCAGAAGCGCAACGUUGAUCGGUUACCUCUUGAUCAAUGAUUCGAACGUUCUCUGCAUCGGUCCCACCGGAAGUGGCAAGACCCUCACCGUUUCUGGAAAACUGUCGAGAAACAUGCCUAAACGAUUCAUCUGCGAUUUCAUUACGUUCUCCGCUAGGACCACAGCCAAUCAGACUCAGGACCUAAUCGAUGAGAAGCUGGGCAAACGGCGCAAGGAUGUUUACGGGCCGCCAGUGCUCAGGAAACAAGUGUUCUUCGUCGAUGACCUGAAUAUGCCUGCGCUUGACACGUACGGUGCUCAGCCACCUAUCGAAUUAAUUAGACAGUUUAUGGACUUCAAUGGAUGGUACGAUCGGAAGGAAAUCGGAUCGUUCCGAGAGAUCGAAGACGUGGGUUUCGUAGGAGCGAUGGGUCCACCAGGUGGAGGCAGGAACCCUGUCACCAAUAGACUAUUGCGACAUUUCCAUUUCAUCGGGUUCCCUGAAAUGGAGAACGAAGCCAAGAGACACAUCUUUGGCACAAUUUUGAACUCGUGGCUAUCCCGCACGGAACAGUUCGGAGAUAUGUUGAACACGUUCGUCGAAACAACUUUAAACUUGUUCACCACGAUAUGCAACGAGCUAUUACCCACCCCAGACAAGUCCCACUAUACCUUCAACCUGCGAGAUCUCGGCAAAGUUUUCCAGGGAAUGCUGAUGAUGAAUCCCGCGAAAAUUGAGAUUCGUGAAAACCUGUUGUUGUUGUGGUACCACGAGAAUCUGAGGGUGUUCAGCGAUCGUUUGGUCAACGACGAAGACCGGAAAUGGUUCGACGAUUAUCUCCGAAACAUUUUGGCAAAGAAUUUUGAAUGUGACGCAAACAAGCUGGUCGGGAACGUUGUACGGUUCUACGCUGACUUCUGCGGUACCAGUAAGGAGUAUGAACAAAUUACCGACAUGAAAAAGAUGGAGCACGUGUUGGACGAUUUCUUGGAGGACUAUAACGCUUCCACUACCUCGCCCAUGAAGCUGGUGCUGUUCCAGGACGCGAUAGAUCAUAUCUGCAGGAUCAAUCGGAUCCUUAGGCAACCCCGCGGAAACGCCCUGCUCCUGGGGAUGGGCGGAUCAGGUCGUCAAAGUUUAACGAGAUUGAGCGCGCACAUUCAGGACUACAACUGCUUUCAAAUCGAGCUGAGCGGCGCUUACACCGCGAACGAUUGGCGCGAUGACGUUAAAAUGUCGAUGAUGAAAGCAGGCAUGAAGAAUGAACUGACCGUGUUUCUGUUCUCCGACACCCAGGUUAAGAACGAAUCGAUGCUGGAGGACCUGAACAGCAUGUUGAACAACGGGGACGUGCCGAACGUGUACCAAACGGACGAGAUCGAACGGAUAUUCCACGCGAUGCGUGGCAGAGUGCAGGAGGCUGGUCUCCAGAUCAAUAGGAGCAACCUUUUUUCCGCCUACGUGAACACUGUCCGGGACAAUUUGCAUCUAGUCAUCACGAUGAGCCCGGUCGGCGAGGUUUUCCGUGCUCGCAUCAGGCAGUUUCCGGCGCUGGUCAAUUGCUGCACGAUCGAUUGGUUUUGCCCGUGGCCGGAAGCCGCGCUUCAGAGUGUCGCGAUGCGAUUCUUAACCGACAUCAAAGACGAGUCCAUCGACGAGAACAUCUUAAGGUCGAUCGUCAGGAUGUGCCAGUUCAUGCAUUCGAGCGUGAUAGAGUCCAGUGACCUCUUCCUCAAGGAACUGAACCGUCACAACUAUGUCACUCCGACAUCCUACCUGGAGCUGCUUUCCAGUUACGGGAAUCUUCUCAGCAAGAAGAAGAACGAAUUGAUCGCGGGAAAGAAUCGUUUGAGCGGAGGUUUGGACAAAUUAGCCAGCGCGGAGGUCGAGGUGAAGAACAUGCAGGAGCUGCUGGCAGCGAUGAAGCCGCAGCUGGAGAAGGCAGCGGAAGCCACGGCUCAAAUGAUCGAAAGGAUUACCGUCGACACUGUAGAAGCGGAGGAAACCAGGCAACAGGCGAAGGACCAAGAAGCUAUUGCUACCAGGAUGAAGAUGGAAAACCAGGCAAUCAGGGAUGAAGCUGAAGCCGAUUUGAGCGAGGCACGACCGAUGCUGAUCGCGGCGGAGAAAAGCCUCAAAGCCUUGAACAGGAACGACAUCACCGAGGUGAAAGCGAUGAAACGUCCACCUGUUGGCGUGCUUCUGGUCAUCGAGACGAUUUGCAUUAUAAACAAUGUGAAACCGAUCAAGGUUUGUUACGCGGGCCUCGGCAUCGAGCAUUUCCGCUCGAAUAUGGAUAGCGAUCCCGGGAAAUUCGGCAAGGAUGAAGUGAAGUUGGAUUAUUGGACGCCUGGCAGCCAAAUGCUCAGCGAUCCCGGCUACUUUCUGAACACUAUGGAGAAUUACGACAAAGAAAAUCUGACAGCGGAGAUGAUCAAUAAGCUGAAGGUCUACAUAGAAGAUCCGAAUUUCCAGCCGUCGAAGAUUCAAUACGUCUCGAAGGCCUGCCAUUCGCUGUGCCUGUGGGUGCACGCAAUGUACAAUUACUACUUCGUGAAUCUGAAAGUGAAACCGAAGAUGGAGGCAUUGGCGAAGGCCGAGGAGGCGCUCGUAGAAACUGAGAGGGCGUUACAGGCCGCCGUGGAAAAGCUGAGAGAAGUCGAGGAGGGUAUCGACAAGUUGCGGAAGCUUCUUCAAGCAGAGGAGGAGAGAAAAGCGGAGCUCGAGAGACAAAAGCAGCUUUGCGAGGAUCGAAUGGCAAGGGCCGUUCGGCUGGUUGUCGGCCUCGCCGGCGAACAGAUACGCUGGAAGAUCUCUGUUGCCGGCAUCGUUGUGUCCUUGAAGAACGCUGUCGGUGAUAUCCUGCUCGCUUCCGGGGCGAUAGCUUACUUGACGCCGUUCACGGACACGUAUCGAGCCAGCCUAUUGAGUUCCUGGCAAAAACUGCUGGAGGGCGUGCCUCACACGCCGGGCAGCGACCCGGUCUCCACGCUCGGUGAUCAAGUGGAGAUAAGAAGAUGGCAGAUCGAGGGCUUACCCAGGGACAGCCUGUCCGUGGAGAACGCGGUCCUGGCGAUGCGUUCGAGCCGAUGGCCCCUCUUUAUCGACCCCCAAGCACAGGCGAACAAGUGGAUACGUUCGUUGUACAAAGAACAAGGGAUAUCCGUCGCAAAGAUGGCGGACAAGGACAUUCUUCGAGUUCUGGAGUCCUGCGUCCGGUUCGGUAGAGCUUGCCUCAUCGAGAACGUCGGUCUGAACCUCGAGGCCGGCUUGGACCCUAUACUGAUGCGAUCAUUGUUCGAGCACGGUGGACAAAUGUGCGUCAAGAUAGGCGAGAACAUCGUCCCUUAUAAGACUGACUUUCGUCUGUUCAUGACGACGAGGCUCGCGAACCCUCGUUACACUCCGGAAACGUCGGUGAAGAUCCUGCUGGUCAACUUCGCGCUCACAGUAACCGGCUUGGAGGAUCAAGUGCUCUCGUUGGUCGCGAUUCAAGAGCGCCCGGAUCUCGAGCAGGCCAGGAACGCGCUGAUUAUAUCGAACGCCGAGAUGAGGAACGAGCUGUUAGAGAUCGAGGACAGAAUCUUGUAUAGGCUCUCGUUGUCAGAGGGCUCGGCCGUCGACGACAUCGAUUUGAUUCUCACCCUGGAGGCUUCCAAAGUCAAAAGCGAGGAGAUCAAGGUGAAAAUGCAAGAAGCGGAGAUCACUCAGGCGGACAUCGAAACUACGAGGUCUAUGUAUAUCCCGGUCGCGAUCCGGGGACAGAUACUUUUCUUUUGCCUUGCCGACCUGCAGCACAUCGAUACGAUGUACCAGUAUUCGUUGGAAUGGUUCGUCGAGAUCUUCAACAACAGCGUCCAGGCGACCGAAAAGAGCGCGAACAUCGAGGAGCGGGUCUCGAAUAUAAACCGAAAAUUCACGUUCUCCCUGUUCACGAACGUCUGCCGCAGCUUGUUCGAAAGGCACAAAUUGCAUUUCGCGUUCCUGGUCUGCGCGCGGAUUCGCAUGAACGAGAAAUUAAUCGAUCCGCUCGAGUGGAGGCAUUUAUUGGCCGGUCCUGAGCCGCUCUCGCCGAAUCCGUCGCCAGAUUGGAUCACGCCACGAUGCUGGAAAGAAAUCCAGGCGCUCGAGAACCUUGCAAACUUCAAGACUUUCAUCGAGUCAUUCCGGAAUUCGCUGGGCCAGUUCAGAAAUGUGUUCGACGCGCAGGAGGCGCAUCUAGCCCCGUAUCCGGAGCCAUGGGCCUCGAAGCUGGACGACUUCCAGCAGAUGCUGGUCCUGAAGUGUCUGCGACCUGACAAGGUGACGAACGCGAUGCAGAUGUACCUGGCGAAACACCUGGGACGCGAAUUCGUCGAGCCGCAAACCACAGAGCUGAGCGCCGUUUAUAACGAGUCCUCGUCAACUACGCCAAUCGUCUUCAUCCUCUCCGUGGGCACCGAUCCUGCGGCAGAGCUCUACAAAUUCGCCGACAGGCUGAAAAUGGGCACAAAACUGUUCGCCAUAUCCCUCGGUCAAGGCCAAGGUCCCCGUGCUGAAGCCAUGAUGAGGAUGUCCGCGGAUCAGGGCAACUGGUGUUUCUUCCAGAACUGCCACUUGGCCCCGAGUUGGAUGCCAGAACUGGAUACGUUGGUAGAAGCUCUGUCAAGAGGUAAAAGCCACCGAGACUUCCGGUUAUGGCUAACCUCUGCUCCUUCACCAGACUUCCCAGUGAGCAUCCUCCAAAACAGCAGCAAAAUGACGAUCGAGCCUCCGCGUGGCAUAAAGGCGAACAUGCUCCGAGCGUUCCUUACCCAAGUACUCGAGAUGCAAAUGUUCCUUGAAUCUGGUCAUCCGAAAGUCUCGCACUUCAAGUGGUUGGUAUUUGCUCUGGGGCUGUUCCACUCGGCUCUUCUGGAAAGAAGGAAAUUCGGGCCAUUGGGUUUCAAUAUACCGUACGAGUUCACCGACGGCGAUUUAACCAUAUGCGUCUCGCAACUGCACAUGUUCCUUCUAGAGUACGACACGGUGCCGUUCAAGGUGCUGAUAUACACUGCCGGUCACAUCAACUACGGUGGACGAAUCACGGACGACUGGGAUCGUCGAUGCGUUCUGACCAUUCUCGAAGACUUCUACAAACCGGAAGUUCUCUCGCCGGCUUACGUGUUCGACGAGGCUGGAUGCUAUUACCAACUGCCAGAGCCUGCAACGUUCGCGGAAUACAUCGAAUAUAUAAAGACGUUUCCUUUAAACGACGCGCCGGAGAUGUUCGGGAUGCAUCCGAACGCGGACAUAAGCUGCGCCCAAGCAGAAACUUAUUCGUGCCUCGAGACGCUGCUUGCUCUCCAGCCGAGACAAGUCGGAGCUGCCGCAGCCAGCACCGAAGAGGUCACAACUCAGAUCGCUAAGGACAUACUCUCCGACAUGCCCGAGACAUUUGACUUGGUCGCCAUGCAGGCUAGGUACCCUGUGUUGUACGAGGAAUCGUUCAAUACCGUCUUGCUGCAAGAAGCGAUACGGUACAAUGGACUGUUGGUAGCGGUGAAGACAUCGUUGAUAGACCUCUUGAAAGCGUUGAAGGGGUUGGUGGUGAUGUCGGAGUUGCUGGAAACUGUGGCGCACAGCUUAUACGACAACAGAAUACCAAAAGUCUGGCAGGACAGAGGCUAUCCAUCCUUAAAACCGCUCGGUGCCUGGUUCCUCGAUCUGAAGGAUCGAAUCGCAUUCUUGAAUGAGUGGGUGGCGCGUGGAAUACCUGCAGCUUUCUGGAUCUCCGGCUUCUAUUUCCCACAGGCUUUCCUGACUGGGACGCUGCAGAAUUUUGCAAGGAAGCGCGUUGUUUCCAUCGAUACCAUCGAUUUCAGUUUCCAGGUGCUGAACGCCAUGCCAAAACAAAGGCCGCCGGACGGCUGCGUGAUCUAUGGUCUGUUCCUUGAAGGCUGCCGUUGGAACGUCGAUCAUCUGGACGAGUCCCAUCCGAAGGAGCUGUACACUAACAUGCCCCCGAUAUUGUUGUUGCCGGAAGUGCAUCAUCGGCAGCCUCCAAGAAUCUAUUCCUGUCCCGUUUACAAAACCAUUAUCAGGGCAGGGACGCUAAGCACGACAGGACACUCGACCAAUUUCGUUCUGUCCAUGGAGAUACCGAGCAGAAAACCGCAGGCUCACUGGAUCAAACGAGGAGUUGCUUUGAUAUGUGCUUUGAACUAUUAAUACGUUCUUUGUUUCACCCUUUCACCGACCAUGUAAAUAUUUACAGAUUCCCUUCAAAAAUAUUACGUCGUUCUAAA